AUGUCGACCCAAUACGACUUCGAAGCCUUCGAGCGCCAACGCGCAACAAAGGAACCCUACAGCACGAGCACGGCCACUAGGCAGCAACUGAACGAAUACUUUAAGCCACAGUCGGACGAGGCCUCCGAAGACGUCUCUCACGGCUACUACAAAUGGCUGGACUGGUUCUGUGAAAGUGUCGAUAUCGGUGAGCUUGUUGCCCAAGAAGACUGGACGCCUGAGACGGAGCGGAAGAUGCCAUAUGCGCUCCGCGCCUUUUCGAACCGUACACGUACAUGGGAGCUGGGGAGCUCGGGUGGGACUAAGACAAGACUCAGUGUCUGCCCGGUUUUCUGCACAGUGUAUUAUCCACCAGAAAAUGGAGACAGUGGACUCGAGGCGAGAUUCGAUCCAGAGGAUGCAUAUGGGCCGGUUUUGUACACUAACUAUCAUGUGCGCGUGCCGGAAGACACAAAAGCAGGGGCAGUAUUAAAGAGCGCUGCCACCAACCUAGUCGAGGAUCCCAAUAUCUUCUCCAAAGCCACUGUACAGGACUCGAACUCAGUUACAAAGGAUUCAGAAACCGCGGCGAAGGACUCGAACUGUGCGACCACACACAGCCCCACCGCCUUGUCCACAUUCACAACCAAGCUGAUCCACCUUGGCAAUAUUAGGGCCGCCGUCACCCACAGCUACCUCCCUAAAGGCACCCUCGACACAUCGGCCCCAUAUGGCGCCGUUGCCCUGAUAUCCGGUGGUCACGUUAAGGGCAUCUUCGCGAUUCCGGUAGACGGCCCAAGGGGAGGUACGAUAAUAUACGAGGACUUGUGUCUUGCAGCUUGGGAGCCAGAGAAGCGGGGUGUGUAUUAUCUAGGGAGAGACUUGGCGGAUUGUGGAAGGAGGGAGUGGGUGUUGUGUGGCGAGGUGGAGGCGGUAGAGGUGAUUAGCUUUAAGGAUGCUAGCGAGCAGUAA